AUGUCGGCGAGGCCGCAACCGAUGAUUAGGCAGUGGGCGGUCGAGACUGGAAAUCUAUGGGUAACAUUCUCUCCAAGUGGUAUAGGGAAAGAAUGGACAACUUUUUCGCCAGUACAUGACUGUCUAGUCUCGUGCGACAGCCCACUUUGGACCGCAUAUGCUCUCAGCAGUCUGGUCAACCAAAGGGUUGAUCCCAAGACAAGAGUAGAGUCUGACAAGGAAGUCAGUGAGGACUUCUUUCUUGUGUCCUGGGACUUCGCGGAGGAGGGUCCUCUGGCCGGGGAAGUUGUACGGCACUACGGCGGGUAUAUCUGCAAUCCGGUGGCAAAAACACAGCCAAGUGGCGGACUUUGGCUGACUGUUAAAUUACCUAGUACGCGUAUGCGACUCUUUACAGGCUUUUCUGAAGAAUGGUGCCAGGGUAUUCAGUCCGAAUCAGCAAAGCAGCGAUACAUCCUCAUGCAAAGAGCUGUGGCUGCGAAUGACCCACAAGCCGAGUCAGACUCUGCUGAACGGCUUUCAACACGAGACUUAACUACUCUCUAA